AUGCCAACAUCCUUGCCGCUACCGCGGCACGACUUCUUCCAGACACCUCAGAACCUCACCGUCUCGCUGUAUAUCAAGGGAUACGCCGGCACACCCGUUAACGUAUCCUAUCACACGCACCACGUCGAUGUGUCGCUCCCUGCGAUCCCAGGCUCCGAGGCGGCCGAGUUUAGUGUUGGGCCACUUGCAGGCGCAAUCAUUCCUGCAGAGUGCUCGGAGCGCGUCCUCAGUACAAAGAUCGAGCUGCGCCUCCCCAAAGACCAGCCAGGCGUCACCUGGCCAGCCCUCUUCGCAACCUCGCCAGUUGACCCAACAGCAGCGCGCGCGUACGCCUCCCCCCCUCCCGAGCCGUCAACUGCCUCUCUUCCUAGUCCCUUGACCGCGCGGCCACAGCCCGACUCUACCAAGCCGAAGAAGAACUGGGACGCGGUGAUGUCGGAACUCGACGACGAGAGGGAAGACAAUGGGGCUGGUGGCGGCGAUGCGGCACUCCAGAAACUAUUUGCCGGCAUCUACGCAAAUGCCGACUCUGACACGCGCCGCGCAAUGAUCAAGAGCUUUACGGAAAGUGGUGGGACCGCACUCAGCACCGACUGGAGCAGCGUCGGAAAGGACAAGGUGCCCGUCCGCCCGCCGGACGGCAUGUACGAGAUGAAGAUGUAG